UUCUUUUGAACUGUCUGUCUGAGCAAGAAAAGCAGGUUCACGCUACCAUUAUAAGAACACACACACAAACACACACACACACACACACACACACACGCGCACCGGCUGUUUACUUUGCAACAGUUCUUCAUUCCUGCAAUCAGUGUCCAGCCUGAGAAGCUCGAUGGAGCAGAAGAUAAACGAUGUUGUACAGAUGUGCUGUGACGUUUCGGCCAGCAGGAAGAUGAAGGCUGCAGUGAAGGGAUCUCUGAAAGGAGGAGCGGUGGCCGGAGGGAGCGCUGUGGUCGGAGGCCUGCUGGCCGGACCGGCCGGAAUCGCUCUCGGCGCAAUGGUCGGAGGUCUUAUGGGCGCCUGGAUGACCAGCGGUCAGUUUAAACCAGUUCCUCAGAUCCUCAUGGAGCUUCCAGCACAGGAGAAACAGAAGCUUUACAUGGAGAUCAGUGGGAUUCUGGGCUCGCUGGACUGGACAGAUGUCACUCAGCUGAUGUUCAUGGUUCGAGGAAAUAACACACUGCUGCAGAAGGUGGAGGCGGGGAUUCAGUCGUUUGUCAGUAAAAACCUGGGUGCUUCAGUGGAGUACGGAGACUGACAGCAGAGACAUGGGAACAGCACAGAGGUCACUCCGGUCACUCUGGUCCAGACUCACAAACCUGAGUGGAAUGAAGUAGAACCUGGAUCUGAUUGAAUAUUUAAUCAUGUAAGAUUUCUGUAAAGCUGAUCUGUGGUGAUGACCGCUGAUAUACAAAUAAACUCAUUAGAGUUACACUUUAAUAA